ACUUCUGUUUCGGUUCGUAUGAUUUAGUUUAUUUGCUCAGUCUCAGUGGUUUGAUGGUUUCGGUCUACGGUGUUCCUUCAAUUUCUUCUUACUACUUUCUUCGCAAAUUUAGAUAAAAUUACCUAUCCACAUCUUCUUACAACAGUUUUGAGACGUUAUUUUCAGUGGAUAGUACGUUGCUCGCGUUCUUAGGUUCAUGUUUACAUUUUGUAUGUUGUUAAAAUGUUAAACGCAAGUAGCACAAACGUAUUGCAAGCUCCCAGCAUACUGUCUCUUAUAAGAGCCAACUGUUGCACCACAUGUCUGAGCAGCGACCGCCGUCUCUAUCCAAUCAAAGCAUAUCUCCCUGAACUAAGAUAUCUCUGCAAAGGAGUUGUUUUUUCAGCGGACAACAGAAUAUGUUAUGAGUGCAAAGCUAUCCUAACCAAAAUACUGAAAUUCAGACAGAGAGCAGAAGAAGCAAUGAAUGUUUUACUCAGCUUGGGACAAGAAAAUUCAAUGAAAAAAAGUUCGGAAAUGAAUAUUGACAGCCUCUCAUCUCUAACUUGUUCCAAUAUUAAAAACACAUUUGAUGCUGAAUAUGACCUGACUUAUAACAUCAUUCCAAUUGAAUUGAAACAAGAAAGUGAUGAAGAAGCAAGUAUUAAAAUAGAAAAUGAAGUUACAAGUGAUGGCAUCAGUGAUGAUGAUGAUAGAGAACCACUCUCGGGGCACAAGAUGGAGGGAUCACCAGUUGAUGCGGAGAGCCCCCUGUCUCUGUGGAAAGUGGAAGCUGAGUCAGUAUCAGCAGAAUGUAAGGAAGAACAAGAACAGUCUGAUGAUAAUGAGCCUUCAAAAUCUCUAGCCUCAGAAAAUAAGCCCUUAGCUUCAAGAAAACUCAGCAAUAGCUUCAUUUAUAGCUUUACCGACCACCAGCCCCCUAGUGAUGCAGAACUGACUGCAUACAGGGAGGCCAGUAAGAAACCGACCUUGGCUGGCAGAGUUUACAAAUGUGAAACGUGCAUUAUUGCAUUUGCGAAAAAGGAAUUAUUUGACAAACACAAAAAAUUGCAUGAUAAGCUAAGGGGUCCAUUUAUGUGUCGCUUCUGUGAACUGAGGUUUACAUUGAGAAGCGCAUGUGAAGAACAUGUAAACUCUCACUACAGACAUUACACAUGUCGCUUCUGCGCCUAUCGUCACCACAGCGAGUCGCAAAUGCAAUGGCACAUACGUCGAUACCACAAGGCACACGAGUGUAGAGAAUGCAAUAUUAAAUUUACCCGUUAUUAUAUGUACAACAAGCAUUUGAAGAGAGUCCACGGGGAAGUGAUACAAUGUGAUUUUUGCAGCAAAAUCUUUACCGCAAAGGAAGCGCUUAAAAGACAUAUUACUAACAUUCAUCAGGGCCUCGCGCCUGUGUACGAGUGCAAUGUUUGCGAGAAGAAAUAUAAAUCCAAAGUAAAUUUCAAAAAUCACACAAAAGCUGCCCACAGUACCAACGACGACGCCGCGCCGCCGGCGUACUGCGUCGAGUGUAAACAACAUUUCAAAAAUGAAUCUAUAUUGAAACUUCAUCUGCAGAUGUCCAAGAAACACGCGGCGCCCAGGUACGAAUGUGACCACUGCGGUGUUAAAAGCGUCAACAAAGCAGGUCUUCAGUAUCACAUAGACUCCACACAUAUGAAGAUUCCUAGAUACGAGUGUGAAACGUGCGAUCAGAAGUUUAUAACAAUCAUUUCCUUGAGGCGGCACAAACAAAAUGCCCACGGAGGCAAGAAGGCAGCGGUCAAGAAACACGUGUGCCAUGUGUGCGGAAAAGAAUUUACGGUCAGAAAAAGUCUGAAAGAGCACUUGAACACCCACUCCGGGCUGCGUCCGUUCAAGUGCAAUGUGUGCGGAGAUACAUUCGCGUACAGUGCGGCACUCUACACACACAACAAACUCAAGCACUUGAAAAUAAAACCUGAGUCCUGGAAGAAGAAGAAGAAGACUGCCAAUUAAUUCAUUCUACCGCGCAGGUAUCUGACCAUCCCUGAAUUUAGGGCGAAACAGAUAUCAUGAAUGAACAAGUUUAUAUAGCAUUAUUAGUAAGUUCAUCUCAGCAAAGUUAACCUAAAUUCGUGGGGGGCAGAUAACUGCGUCGCAAACAAUAAAUCUUAAAUAAAUAAUUUUACCACAGAUUUAUACCUA